AUAAGAUCGAGGCUGCGAAAGGAAAAGAAAAGGCACCCCACAAACUCCAUCCUCACCCCGAUUUCAUCCAAGUCAUCAACGACAUUCUCUUCAGCACCGAUGAUGAAAAGAAGCAGAGAUGACUAUGAACGGAUGAACUUGGACAUGGCGAAAUGCCUAAUGCUACUCACCCAUGGCGUCAACGCAAACCCAAAGACAGCCGCUGUGCAUCACCAUGAAGACAACUUCAAGUGCAAGACGUGCAAUCGCCAGUUCCCUUCAUUCCAGGCGCUUGGUGGCCACCGGGCAAGCCACAAGAAGCCGAAGCUGCCGGAGACAAAGCCAGAAGACAGCACCAAGUCAGUGUUGGGCAUGACGGCAAAUCCCAAGAUGCACGAGUGCUCGAUAUGCGGGCUGAAGUUCUCAUUGGGGCAAGCCUUGGGAGGCCACAUGAGGAGGCACAGGGUGCAGUUGAUGAGCGGGAGCGGGAGCGUGAUGAAGAUAGAUGAGAUUUUCGUGGUUGGUCCGACAAUCCCAGUGUUGAAGAGGUCGAAAAGCAGCAAUAAGAGGGUUAUGGGCCUCGACUUGAACUUGACUCCUCUUGAGAAUGACCUCAAGUUCUUAUUUGGCAAGAUGGCUCCGGAGAUAGAUGCCUUGCUCCUGUAAUUAUGAUUCCUUGUUCUCAAGUAACUUUCACGAGGAGUUUUACUUUAGGAUGAUUAUUUAUUCAUUCAGUUGUUGUACAGAAAGAAAGUCCUAUUUGGACCGACUGAGUUUAGGGGCUUU